GCGGGGUCGCGCGGGAUGCAAAUCGGCAACUUCGGAAAGACUAGGGAUUCCUGGAGGCGACAGCAUCCGACUCCUCCUUAAUUUGGGAAUAGAGAAGAAAAAGGAGAAGGGGGAAAAAAAAAACAAAAAAAAAAAAAACAACAAAAAACCCCAGAGAGAGAAAAAGAUCAAUUAAACGUGUCGGGAUGGACAAUAAGCAGCGUCCCACGACAUGGAGUGUGUGAAUGCGUUUCCGAUGAGGGGGCUGAGUGUGGCUUUGGUUCUCCAGACCUUAACUGCUUUUGUAUUCACUCAAAAGGCUUUUUUGCCUUUGGAUUUCUCCCCAGUCUGGUUGUUCCAGGAGUCUACGGAAAAAGAUAUUUGAAUGCAGCCGCCGAUGUUCACAAAAGAAUGGGUUUCCAUUCAAGGUGGCCAUUGGUGGGACGAGCACCAGCGGCCCUUUGUGUGAUCGGCAUGCUCCUGUGCCUGCCCCCUGUGUCGUGCACAGCCUGCCCCCAGAAAUGUCGUUGCGAGGACCUGCAGUUUUACUGCGACACGCAGGGGCUCCUGGUGCCCCCGGACGGCGUCGACAAAGGGGCCCUGGGCCUCUCGCUCCGCCACAACAGCAUCGGCGAGCUGGGCCCCGACCAGUUCUUCGGCUUCACCCAGCUGACCUGGCUCCACUUGGACCACAACCAGAUUCUCGCCGUGCACGAGGAUGCCUUCCAGGGGCUGUACAAGCUCAAAGACCUGAACUUGAGCUCCAAUCGCAUCACCAAGCUGCCCAACACGACCUUCGUCCACCUCAUCAACCUCCAGAUCCUGGACCUCUCCUUCAACCAGAUGACUGCACUGGAGCCCGAGAUCUUCCACGGACUCCGGAAGCUCCAGAUCCUCCACCUGAGGUCCAACUCCCUGCGCACCACACCCGUCCGGGCCUUCUGGGACUGUCGGAGCCUGGAGUACCUGGGCCUGAGCAACAACCGCCUCAGGAGCUUGGCUCGGAACGGGUUCGCCGGGCUCGUGAAGCUGCGGGAGCUCCACCUGGAGCACAACCACCUGACCAAGAUCAACUUGGCCCACUUCCCACGCCUGGUUGCCCUACAAUUCCUCUAUCUGCAGUGGAACAAGAUCAACAAUCUGACAUGCACCAUGGACUGGCAGUGGACCACCCUGGAGAAACUGGACCUGACGGGGAACGAGAUACGCACGCUGACCCCUGACGUGUUCGAGACGCUGCCAAACCUGAAGGUCCUCCUGUUGGAUAACAACAAACUGGUCAGCCUCGACACCCAGACCGUGGAUAUGUGGAAGUCCCUAACCACCAUCGGGCUGUCCAGCAACCUUUGGGAAUGUACCAAACGGAUCUGCAACUUGGCUGCUUGGCUGAGUAAGUUCAAAGGUCGGUGGGAGCAUUCCAUCCUGUGUCACGCCCCUGAGUACACGCAGGGUGAGGAAAUACUAGACGCCGUGUACGGCUUCCAACUGUGUCAGAACUUCUCAGCACCAGUCGUGCUAGCUGGCGCAACCGCCGUGCCCGUGCAACACCAAGUGACCACUGGCCCCCCGCUUGGGAAUAUGCAGACACCAACGCCGGACUUCUAUGCAGAGGAUUUUGGGAGCUUUACUGUAGUCAUGGCCACCACCGCCGCCACCGGCGGCGCCCAGACCCCGCUCACUGCCCCGGCUGCCACCGCCCCGGCGGGUGGGGCGGGCGUCACCGAGGACUACGCUGCGGUGGACAACGCGGUGCUGACACAGAGGGUCAUCAUAGGCACCAUGGCGCUCCUGUUCGCCUUCUUUCUCGUCGUUUUUGUAGUGUAUGUCUCGCGGAAGUGCUGCCCCCCGACCCUGCGGCGCAUCCGCCACUGUUCGGCCGUUCAGAGCCGACGGCAAAUGAGGGCCCAGCAGAGGCAGCCCAUGGCGGACCUGGCCACGCAGGUGCCAUACAACGAGUACGAGCCCAGUCACGAGGAGGGUGCACUGGUGAUCAUCAACGGCUACGGGCAGUGCAAGUGUCAGCAGCUGCCUUACAAAGAGUGUGAAGUAUAAACGCUUUAUUUAUUCCUGCAGUUUAUGGGUUUACCAUUUUAACCAUUUAAAACAAACAAAAAAUAAUUACAGGGUUUGUUUUUGGACUCAUUUUCAGUUUGUAAUGGGGGUUUUAAAAAAAGAGAAACAUUAAUUCUUUAUAUUCGCUCACUUUGAAAACCAGUAAUCACUUGAAGGUCACAGGGAUGGAACUGAAAAAGGGAAUAGCUAGAGAAAUUCAGGAGUUUAUUUUUCUAAUCCGAAGGCAAGGUUCAUAUCAAGCCAGGGCAAGCGGUCUCAGUCGAAGGUGGACGAGAGAUUCGUCAAAGCAUUAAGAGUCACUUACUCAACAGAGAAGGUGAGAGGAAAAAAAAAAUAAAAAAAUCUAUGGCCCCAUGCUCCAGCAGCCAGUGUAAGGAACGACCCUCUUCUGCUGAUAAAUGCUUAAAUCUUAUCACACGGGGGACAAGGGGUGUUGAACACGAUGCAUAGAAGUGCAAAUCUCACUGAACAAACAAGGAGGCGGAAGAAAAGGAAAAAAAAAAAGAAAAAAAAAAGAUUUUUACAGUGCACGAUAGAGAACAUUAUAGGACAUUAUAUACAACAAGUUGCUUCAGAACAUUGAUUUAAAAAAAAAAAAAAAAAAAAAAAAAAAAAAAAAAAAAAAAAAAGGUUGGUCCCAGGGUUGUUUACCAAUUUUUUUUAUUUUAUUUUAUUUUUUUUUAUUAGGGGAGAGUACUGUUAAAUGAUACCAUAUGAGAUUUAGGUCACAGAGUCGGUGGAGAGAAUCCCACCCACAGCCGCUGCGACCUCGAAUAUCCUCCAUGUUGUGCGUGUGUGUGUUCGUUCCAUCUAACCAAGGAUUCGGUUUGAAAUGAUGAGAGCAGUUAACGGGUGCUCGCUCCUGUUUUCAAUCUAAUCCAAUAAAAUCCAGGCCCUUCUUCGAAACGUGGAAAUCUGAGCAGUGUGUGGGGAAAGGUUAAUGUCUAAUCCGAUUCCGCAUUACGCUUGCUAACUGCCUGGAUCACACCCUGUACUGUGCCAUCGCGGGGGGGUUAAAUAAAUGCUACAUCAUUGCAUUCAUUUACUUUGCCAUUACAUGUAUGCAUACGCUUAAAGGGGGGGGGGGGUAAAAUGCGUGGACGUAAAUACUCCAGCCUGCCUGCUGUGUUGUGAAAUACCACUAGAGAGCAUUAAAUGCAGGCUAGAAGACAAGAAAACCGCUCGGAAAGGACCAUUUCUGAGACAGAGAGAAAGCGCACAUGCAAAUUAAAGCGAUAAAGAGAAAAAGAUUGAAAAGGACGAGUGAAGGGAAGACGAGAAGGAGACGGAGUGAGCAGAACAGGAUAGCAGAAGAGGAGGAAAAAAGGGUAACCAGAGUCCCCGCCCUAAAAAUAAAAACGCACAGGGGCCCGUGGAACAGCCUCCCCUCGAGGCAGCGGAGACCAUAAUCACACCCGACGGCUCGAAGAUUGAGGCAAUUAGGACAGGCAAAGAGGAUGUGAUAUUCCGUCAGCUGCAACAGGGCUCCAACGAGAUUUAUCCUGCCCGGCCUUACAGCGGCACGUGCAGGGAAAGGCAAGCACCAGCCCUGCUUCCACAGACCAGGCGGAGCGCAUCUGGUCAUGUGUGCG